AUAGCUACUAGCUAGUGACAACAGCUUGUGAAUGCUUCUGUCUGCUGUACCUGCGUAUGUGAAAAAGAUGACUUGUUUAUGUCACUAAAAAAUGUUCGGUUGCAGACUCAUAGACCCCACAAUGUUUCUAGCACCGGAAAACAACGACUGUGCACCCACCCAACCCAAUCCUCACAUCUUAAAACACACUUUACAUAUCUGAUUUUCUGAUGAGUAUGUGUCAAGCCUCCUAUAUAUCUCAAUCACCUAGUUUCCACACCAGAAAUUAGCCCCUCUCUCUCUCUCUCUCUCUCUCUCUCUCUCUCUCUCUCUCUCUCUCUGAACUCAAAAGAUAAGGCUUUUAAGGAUGAAGAAAAUCAAUUUUUUGCUUAGGAAGUGCAAGAGCUUGUCAAGGCAGCUAGGGAGAUCUUCAUCAUACAGUAGCCUAAGGUCCAAAUCCACAAGAGAAGAUUUAUGGGUUGGCCAUGGAGACAAAAUGCAUGAAAUUGAUCAUCACCACCACCAAACUAUAAUCUUUGUGGGAAGCACAAGAAAGCGCUAUGUCAUUAGUUCCAAGUACCUCAACCAUCCUUUGUUGAAUGCUUUAAUUGACAAGUCCUCAAAGCAAAAGCAAGGAGGAGAAGCAGAAGAUAUCUUGGUCAACUGUGAGGUGGUUCUCUUUGACCACUUGAUAUGGAUGCUAGAGAAUGCUGCUGAUCCAAGCUUUGGUGCUUCAGAGUCCUUGGAGGAACUGGCUGCUCUCUAUGUGUUCUGAUAAGGCUGGUGGUUGUGUUUGAUGAUCUGCUAAUUCAAAGCUGAUAGGGAAAUAUAUAUCAUGCUCCAGGUUGAGGCCACAGCAUCUUGAAACCAUCAUUCUUGUUACUAUUGAUUCUGCUCAAUUCUUUUUUUCUUUUUUGGUUCUAACCCCUUGUGUUUAAUUUGAUGGAUCGUGUUUCGUAAUUAUCAUGGCGUUGCACUGUUGUAUUCUAUGAAUAUUCUUGAUAUUCUCUCAGAUAAGUAAAUAAAUGUCCCAAAGGGUCUCUUUGAA